AUGAAGCGCAACACAGAUACAAGGGCCUCCCUCGAUGGCAAUGCCAUGCCCCAAUCCAAGAAGCGGGCCCUCUCCAGCGAGGAGGCUGCUGCCUGCUUCCGCGAAGGCCUCUUAGAAACUGCGGAGCAGCAGAAGUACACCAGCGAAUACGCCAAGUCUUCUCCCUACCUUCAUGGCGUCAUUCACCCUCUAAUCGAGCCCUCUCUCCUCCGCUCGGUCCGCGAUGAGAUUGAAACCCAAGUCUCCUUCACCGAGAAGGAAACAGACAUCUACAAGAUCUUCCAGUCUGGCGAUCUCGCCAACCUCGAUGGACUGGAUGACUCCUCUCUCUCCAAACUGCCGUCACUACUAAAGCUACGCGACGCAAUGUACUCAGCACGGUUCCGCGAGUACUUGUCAUCCGUGACUGGCUCCGGCAAAUUGAGCGGGCAAAAGACUGACAUGGCCAUCAAUGUCUACACUGAGGGUUGCCACCUUCUGUGCCACGACGAUGUCAUCGGCAGCCGCCGCCUCAGCUACAUCCUCUACUUGACUGACCCCGACACACCCUGGAAACCUGAGUGGGGCGGUGCCUUGCGCCUAUUCCCAACAACCACCAAGAAGGAUUCUAAUGGCGAGGAUGUCAAGAUCCCCAGCCCAGACUACAGCCUCUCCAUCCCUCCCGCCUUCAACCAGCUGAGCUUCUUCACCGUUCAACCGGGCGAGAGCUUCCACGAUGUCGAGGAAGUAUACCACCCACGCGACGACGAGGACAAGACACAGAAGCGCGUGCGCAUGGCUAUCAGCGGCUGGUUCCACAUCCCUCAAGAAGGAGAAGACGGCUACGAGGAAGGACUGGAAGAGAAGCUCGCGGAGCGCAGCAGUCUCGCGCAGCUGCAGGGCCGAGGCGAUAUCUACGACCUGCCGCAACCGCAGGUGGUGUCCUGGGAGGAGCCCGAAGUUGAGGGCAAGGGCAAGGCCAAAGUGGAGGAGCAGACCGAGGGCGAGUUCACAGAGAGCGAUCUUGCCUUCCUGCUUCAGUACAUUGCGCCUUCAUACCUGACCCCCGAUAUCGCCGAGGAGAUGUCGGACGCAUUCUCAGCCGAGUCCUCGCUCAGCCUAGAGCAGUUCCUGAGUGAUAAGUUUGGAUCACGCGUGAGUGCGUACAUCGAGGAACAAGAGCGACAGCCCCUUCCUGCUUCUGCGGAUGAGAUCCAGGCGCAGCGUGGGUGGACUGUUGCUCGUCCUCCUCACAAGCACCGAUAUCUGUACCAGCAUGCUUAUAACGACGAGGAUUCCGAUGAGCCGAUGAACCCGAUUCAGGAGCUGUUGAACGUGUUGUUCCCGUCGCAGGCUUUCCGGAAGUGGCUUGCGCUUGUUACUGGUGUGGACCACCUCACAAGCCACAAUUUGCUUGCGAGACGGUUCCGUCGUGGUGCGGACUAUACUCUUGCUAGUGCGUACGCGGGCGCGGAGCCUCGACUUGAGUUCACCCUCUGUCUUACCCCGAGCCCGGGUUGGGAGAAGCAAGAAGAGGAAGAUGAGGAUGAGGAUGAAGAAGCCAAUGGCUCAUCUGCCGAGGCAGCCAAGCCGAAGGAGAAAAGUGACGAGGCUGUGGAAGGUCCUGCUCUGGGCGGAUACGAGAUUUACAUGGCUGGUGAUGAUGAUGAGGAUGAGGAAGAGGAGGAUCCCACGAACGCUAGCCAAGUCCUGGGUCGGAAGGCCAAGGCCGAUCCGGCUAUCUACCGGUCUGCGGGUGCUGAUGAGGAUGAUGGUAUAUUGUUCAGCACGCAGGCUGGUUGGAACCGGCUCAGCAUUGUGCUCCGGGAUAGCGGCACUCUCAAGUUCGUCAAGUAUGUCAGUGCUGCGGCCAAGGGUGAUCGGUGGGAUAUCACUGGUGAGAUUGGCGUUGAGUUUGACGAGGAUGAUGAAGAAGAAGAAGAAGAAGGAGAAGGAGAGGAAGGUUUCAACUCAGGUGAGAAAGAGGACGAUGAUUCCCAGGACGGGGGGGAACAGGCAGGGGAAUAG